AGCUGCUGAUGAAAGCGGGCGGGGGCGGGGUCAGGGAGAGAGAGAGGGCGGAGCAGACGACGAGAGUCCGGGAAAAGUCAAACGGGAGGCGGUGCCUCCGUGUGUGCGCAAACCACGCUUGGCCCGUCCUCCUCCAGACGGGUCCCUCCCUCCCCCACCCCCUCGGGCCACCCGCUCUUGAGUUGGAGACUCCUGGCUCCCGUUCGGCUCACAGUCCGGGCAACAGAGGGACACGGGAAUGGACACAGAAGGGAGUCAGAGCAGCCUGUCGUCCUCCACGCAGGACUCCCCGCACGACCCCUGCAAAAUGUUCAUCGGCGGGCUGAGCUGGCAGACGACACAAGAGGGACUGAAGGAAUACUUUUGUAAAUUCGGCGAGGUGAAGGAGUGUAUGGUGAUGCGGGAUCCGGUUACGAAGCGGUCGAGGGGGUUUGGAUUUGUCACCUAUGUAGACCAGACCGGAGUGGAUAAAGUUUUGGCCCAAAACAGACACGAGUUGGAUUCAAAAACACUCCGAGCAGAGAUUGGAUGGUGGGAUAGGCUUUGCCUGCCCUCAGGCCUGAAAAGAGGAUUGUUUGGAAACAGAUCUGUUCCAGUAACCUGUUGGGACGAGGUUUGGGAUCAGAAGAUUGACCCUAAGGUGGCCUUCCCACGUAGAGCUCAGCCGAAGCUGGUAACAAGAACAAAGAAGAUCUUUGUUGGAGGGCUGUCUGUCAACACCACCAUCGAAGAUGUGAAACAGUAUUUCGAUCAGUUCGGAAAGGUUGAUGACGCGAUGCUAAUGUUUGACAAAACCACCAACAGGCACAGAGGUUUUGGCUUUGUGACCUUUGAGAACGAAGACGUGGUGGAAAAGGUCUGCGAGAUCCACUUUCAUGAGAUCAACAACAAGAUGGUGGAGUGCAAAAAGGCUCAGCCGAAGGAAGUGAUGUCACCGACAGGUACGGCGCGAGGCCGCUCCAGAGUGAUGCCCUACGGGAUGGACGCCUUCAUGCUGGGUAUCGGCAUGCUGGGUUACCCAGGGUUCCAAGCGGCCACCUACGCCAGUCGUGGCUACACAGGAAUCACACCAGGAUACACAUACCAGUUUCCAGAAUUCCAUUUAGAGCGGACACCCCUUCUGACUUCCUCUCACCCGCAAGAGAUCACAGGAAGUGUCUCUCUCUGUCCCGCAGCCAUUCCACUGACUGCCUACGGACCAAUGGCAGCGGCCGCAGCUGCAGCGGUGGUCAGAGGUUCCACCCCGUCACGUACCGCUGGCUUCCUGGGCACCAGCAGUCCUGGGCCAAUGGCAGAGCUUUAUGCAGCAGCCAAUCAGGAUUCAGCAGUCAGCAGCUAUAUCAGCGCGGCAAGCCCCGCCCCCAGCACAGGGUUCGGACAUGGACUCGGGGGCCCUUUGAUUGCAACUGCCUUUACCAAUGGCUACCACUGAGGGGCGUCCUAUCAGCAUCCAGCACGGGAUGAAGACACUCACGAGCUUGUGAACCUCGAACGCUGCUGACCACGUGACGUGCUUAUGGGACGAACCCCACGGGCGGCUGCGCUCCCUCCUGACUCCACUCUGGAGUUUCCAUCUUUUCUUUCUCUCCAUUCUCUACUAACAUCACUUUUUGUUUUCCCCAUCCCGUAUUUUCUUCCUGACGUAUCCUGUUUAUCAGCGACUCGUGUAUGAUAUGCUGCCGUCUGUCUUUUGAAAGAAAAAAAAAAUGAAGAAAAAAAAAAAAACAAUAUUGUUUGAUUGUACAUGCGGAAACACGCAAGGAAUUCCGUUUCUCCGGAUUUUAUUUGACACGUUUUUUCUGCAUUUGUUACGAUGUUUCUGCUGACUGUGUUUUUAUGUUUUUACUGUACUCAUGCUGUAACAGAUGAUGUCGAGAAAGACAGAGAGAGAGAGAGAGAGAGAGAGAAAGAAGGAGCAACGAAACUGGAAAAAAGUUCAGGAUUUGUUUUCUUUGAUGUUUACUAAGCAUUACGGUUUCAAACAAAUCCAAACGAACGCCGAACAAAUACAUGAGAAUGAAUCAAAUUCACAAAAACAAAACGACAGGACAAAAAUGUAUAUUUUGGUAGUUUUUACACAGCAUUUAUAAUGCUGUGAGCUGAAUCGGUUUGAUAUUUUUUCCUCAAAAUUGGUUUUUAUAUGAGAAUCAAUGGGCCUCGUUUAUGAAUUUCCCGCGUGAAUCGUUCGUUAAAUCGUUCGACAUUUUUAGAUUCACACAGAAAUUCGCUCUGCUCGUGCUGAGGCUCGUUGUUCAGCUUCUUUUUGUAGAUACUGUAUAUAUUGCAUGGAUUUUGGGGGGGUUCAGAUUGAACGACGGACUGGGGGGCGCGGGAGGGUGAGGGUCCUUUACGGUUUUUUAACAUGCAAACGUCUUUCUUCACAUUGAAUCUUGUAUUUCUGAGACUAGUAUCAUGACCAAGUUGGACUGAUGUGGGUCUUUGGUUGUGCUUCUCUCACUUCCUACUCCAUUUUUACUGCAAACUUCUCUAAGAUAAAUGUUUUGAUGCUCUUUCGGAACAAAAUUUUCAGUCGGAGCUUUCGGUCGCACAAAGCGCUUGAGGUUUCGGACACCACCUUUUCGAUGUUUGCCGUCACGUAUUGGCCGUCAAACCACAUUAGAUUGCAUUUUCCAAAAAGAGCAAAUGAUUUGGUCCCAUUUUAGGGAAGAGGAAAGGCGGUCUUAACCGGUUUAGUAGCCUCAUUUGGAAGGGCACGGCUGCUAGGCUUUCUUCAUGCUGUUUUUGGAAAUAUAUAUUAUAUAUAUGAUUUUGUUGCGCAGUGUACUUCUUUCAGUGUACUUUCCCUCUCCUUUUCCUUUGUUUUUGAUGGUACACUGCUGUUUUUAAAGAAAUGAAGGACACAUUUACAAAGCAAAGGAGUCUGAGCGCUGUUACAUCUCCGUUUCUAUCCUGUCGUGUUUUUUUUCUGGUUGUGCGUGGAUGUGCGUGUGUGACGGAGAGAGUGUAAGUUGAUGUGCACAGCGUAGACUGAAGUAUGGAUGUACACGUAGCUAGUUUACAUGCAUUCAACUGCCACCUUUAAAACUGUCUCGUCUCUGCCGGUAAUGGAGGAGGCCGUCUGUGACAUCACGGCUCUAAUGGAGGCCUUCUGGGAAAAUGAAAUUGCAGUCGAUUAAUAAUACGCAUCCAGAGUGAUUUAAGUCGGCAACAUUGAUGAUUUGAUAAUUGAUUUCUACUUAUUUGCGUUAAUAUUCAGUCUUCCGUUUGACACGUGUAGCCUCUUUUUGGAGCAGUGGUCACUGUGACGACCAAAACUCCAGCUGACAGGGACGCCUCACAAAACUACUGCACGGCACACACUGUAACUAUUUAACCAACGAAAAGCAAUAAGUUAUUUUUAAACUCAAGUAAUAACGAACGCCGUUAGCGGUGGUACGAAUACGACGGCGAUUAUGUGGCAUUAAGAAUUAUUUUUCAGAAAAAAGCUAUAUUUUUCAAGAUCCGUUUUAACCCCUUGAAAGUUUCUGAGAUUUUUACAGUACAUGUUACGAUGCCUGUUUGUUUGGAUGAUUUGUAAAAGGGGCGGGGCUUGGGGAUCAGCAGCAGAACUGGAAAGCAUCAGUGGGCGUGGCUCCGUCCCGUUGCUGCGGAGCUGUAUGUCAACACUGUGACCUGAUGCUCAAAUACGCUGGUCCGCUGUCCCUUUACUGUAUUUUUUUAAUUUUCACCUCUGGAAAUUUUCAAAUAAAAAGAUCCUAAUAAAUUAUUUUAAAACAUUCCA